CAACCAAACCGGCGAGAGAGCGUGAGAGAGGCUUGAACUUCGGCUCAGGUCCACGUUGCAUCGUCCGAUUGCCCCUCAGCCUCAUUUAUUUUCUUCACCUCAAAGAUUGCCCUCGGCCGUAUGGACUUAGUUUACCGUGGCCUAAGAUGGAGCUAGCCUCAGAAGAGCCAGCAAUUGGCGGUCAAUCGACGCAACGGCACAACUCACAACAAGUCAAACAACAACAACCUACAGCUACACCACCCUCCAAUGCGGCUCCGGCUAGCGAUGCCGGGGCCGACGCCGGGAGUGAGGCGCCCAUAAACCCACGCAAGAGGAAGAAGGCAUCCCGGGCCUGCGACUUCUGCCACGUCAACCACCAGCCGUGCGACAACGGCAAGCCCAAGUGCGGCGUGUGCACCAAGCACAACAAGCCGUGCCUGUACCUGCGGCCGACCAAGCGGCGCGGCCCGCAGAAGGGCUACCGCACGGCGCUCAACACCUACAAGGAGAGCGCCGCCGCCUGGGGCGCCGUGCUGGGCGCCAUCCCGGGCCUGGACGCCCUCGUCGAGGGCCACCUGCGCGGCGCCGCCGGCAACGCCGUCGUCGCCUCCAUCAAGGACUCCAACCAGCAGGACGCCCUGAUCGCCAAGUGGCAGCAGAGCUCCGUCUUCAAGGCCUUCUUCGGCCACAACGGCCCGCCGCCGGCGCUGGCGCAGUCGGCGGCGGAGGAAAGGGGCGGCGCAGGGUUACGGGGGAGUCCUGCUGUUGUUCCGCUGUCGGAGGAGGCCGAGGAGGACGAAGAGCCCGGGUACGAGACGCCGUCGGUGCCGGUGCCGGUGCGCUUGCCGCCGGUGAGCAGGGUGUCGCAGCCAUCGACGAGUCGGCGGAGCCAGUCGGUGUCGAGCUUCCCGCCCGCGCCAGAGCUGAAGGCGCUACCCGCCGCGAUGGGCCCGCCGUCGCCGUUCCAGCCGAAGGACUCGCUGUCGGAUCUCGUGGCCAAGGACGCCGCACAAUCGUCAACGCGAGCCGCGCAAACGCUGGCUUCACUUGGGUUCGCGCCGGACGAGACCAUCGCCGAUUUCUACACCAUGGGCUCCAACCCGGAGCCGAUCCCGGAGCCCAACGAUGCCGACUUUGACCCUUCCCUGGGCAGCGAAGCGGAGCAGAGGGCGUAUUACGAGCUGCUCAUGGGGCGGGCGUUUCCAGGCUGAACUGUGUACCGCCAUUGCACCGAUGUACAGUCGAUUAAUCAACCUGGCCACGGCUUCGUUGAGAUGUGGCCUCAUCCGGUCCCCGAGAGGUUCCCCGAGAGGUUCCCUGUAGGAUCUGGAGCUUCCCCGUCGUUGGAUGUGUAAGACGGUGGAUGGUUGGGAUAGAUAAUGAUGUGCGAAUUGAUACCCGCCGGUAUGGCAACUCUGGAAUAGACCAAAGGACAGCAAUGUUUCCGAACCAGGUCCUCCUCAGUGAAUGUGUGGUGAAACCGCGGGCCACUU